AUCAUGGCCGAUCAAUUCCUGGCCGAGCAGCACACAUGGACGCUUUUUCGAAAUUCGCAAUCUGACGAGGCGGACAGUUGGGUUAUGCUCACCCGGGACGGCCAAAUUGUGCCCAUCCCCGGCGAGAAGAUCCUACACACGUCGCGGCCGCGGGUCAGCCUCGACAUAUCAACGCCGCGUGAGCUCCAGAUCGCCGACCCGUUCUCUCUUAAAUGCGACAAUGGCAUCGCGUACAUUACAAAUGAGCGGGUCAUCUUCUUACCGGCCAGGCCGACCGAGGACUUCAAGUCCUUCUUCACGCCGGUGCUAAAUUUCACCGACACUCAUGUCCAUUCAUCCUGGAUCGGACCAUGGAGUUGGGGCGGGACAGUCAGGCCGGUUCCGGGAGGUGGCAUACCGAUGCACAUUCCCCGGGUGGAGGUCAGAUUCACCUUCAGGGACGGCGGCCACAGCGACUUCCAGGCCAAGUUCGAGUGGCUGAAAGAACGCCUGCAGCACGCCCAAGAGCUGGGUCUAGUACCAGGCCAGAACCUCGAGCCCCCCCCACCGUACGAGCCGAGUGCGCCGGGGCCGUCGCCGUCGUCGGGUGAUCCCAGCACCGCCCGGACCGGCCCGCAACUAGAACAAGAGCAACAACAACAGGAGCAACAACCGCCCCAGCCUGCUCCUGAUGAGCCGCCUCCGGACUACGUGCAGGCUCAGGCGCAAGCCAUCAGCAUGCAAUACGAGGAGCGGACGCGCGCGGAAGCUGAGCGGUAUUGAGGGUUGAGAUAUGUCAUCGCAGUGAUGAUGAUUCGGGGUUUUGCCUCACUUUUCUUUGCACUCACUGGGAUUUCUUCCUUUCAUUGGUUGCCUUAUCGUCCUGUGGACGACAUAGGACUGUUGAUACCAUCUAGUUUCGAUUGUUUCAUCACUGCCUCCUGUUCUAGAUGGGAUCCGCAAUGAUUGGUGUAGACGGGCUGCUGCAUCAGAUAUG